CGGAAAUACACAUGAGGUUCCGGUGUUCUUGUGUAAACUAAACGAAAUUAUAGAAAAGAGCCAUGACUUUUUUCCACUUUGGGAACUGUGUUGCACUGGCUUAUGUUCCUUAUGUGAUUGUUUACAAGUGUUCAGGAUUGGCUGAAUACAGUGCGUUCUGGAAAUGUGUUCAGGCUGGUGGUGCGUACAUGUUUACACAGCUCUGUAAAAUGAUGAUCUUAGCAACAUUUUUCCCAGCCUCUGAGAUGCCAGUCGGAGGAUUUGAUGUCACAGGGGAAUUCCUCAAAUCUACAGUGGACCUCGCUGAUCUUGUUGGUAUUCAUUUUGUGAUGUCAAAAAUAGCAGGGAAAGGUCAACUCAAGUUCAUGACGGCUGGCAUGGGAUGGGCGACUGCGGAGCUGGUGAUGACACGAGUGUUGCCUCUGUGGGUUGGAGCACGUGGUGUGGAGUUUGACUGGAGAUACAUUCAGAUGAGUUUUGACUCCAAUGUUAGCCUGAUUCAUCAUAUAAGCAUGGCGAUGUUGGUGUGGUUGUACUGCCGCAGUGAUCUGCAGAAAUCUCUCAUUCCCAUAGUGAUAGCUCUCCUCGCGCUCGGCUGUUACAGACCACUUAUUGUAGAAAUUCUCAUUCACGCCAUUGGUCUGGGCUCCUGGACAUUGUUGUUAGCAAAAGCCAUCUUCACUGCAUCCGUGGCCAUGAUUUCCUUACAGAUGUAUCUUGGGAUACCAUCACAGCUCCUCAAUUCCUAUUAUUAGUCGGAUAUUGUGCAAUGUAGUAUUGGUGUCUAACCAGAAGACAUUUCCCGACACUGACAUUGAGGAAGGGUUAAUGUCAGACAUUCAACAGCAUUACCCCAUACAAGCUUCGGAACUUUGAAAAUCUGUGUAACCCGUUUAUGGGUUAUACAAAAAAAAUAUUCACAUGACCCAUUUUGUUUUGCAUAACUCAUUACAAUCUUGUAAAUUAUGUCUUAAAUGUAUCCUACGAACAAAAAAAAUAAAUGGGUUAUACAAAAAUAAAAUUGUGUGAAAGACUG